AUGGCUCAGCAGCAAGGAGAACGAUCGAUGCAAUCCAGAGUUGGCAGAGACAGGCAGAGAUAUGGCCCCAACGGCGAGCGACUCGUAGCAGGAGUUGUGCCCCUGAACGCAGAGCGUACCUACGUGAUGUUGAUCCAAAGCUCGAGUCGCAAGGGCUGGGUCCUACCCAAGGGAGGCUGGGAGACCGAUGAGAGGACCUGCCAAGAAGCGGCAUGUCGUGAAGCCUGGGAGGAAGCCGGCAUCGAGUGUCGCGUGCAGAAAGAUCUGGGCACGAUCGAAGAAAAGCGAAGCGAAGCUUCCAUCCGGAAGUACGGAGCCGUCGCACCAAAGGCCCUGUACCGCUUCUACGAAGUCACAGUCACCGUGGAGCGUGAAACUUGGCCGGAGCAGCACAAGAGAGACCGGAAGUGGAUGACAUACCGGACGGCUAGGGAGCUCUUGCAAGACCGUCCUGAGCUGCUGGAAGCACUCGACAGAUGCAGCAUUAGACGAUAG